AUGAAAAUUAUUUAUAAAUUUACUCAGCAAGUUCUUUAUCACAAUAAACAAUAUUCCAUUCUUAAACCAUCAUAAUUAUCUAUACCUAAAGAAGCUUUUAUUGCUAAAGUUAUUAAUAAAGAUGGUACAACAUCUUUACAUGAUCUCAAUAAGGAAUUAAAAUAAGAUUGUACUAUAGAAUUCUUAGAUUUCUCUAAUUAAGACGCUAAGAGAGUCUUUUGGCAUUCAAGUGCCCAUGUUUUAGGAGCUAUUCUAACUAAAUUUGGAGCUGAACUUGAAUUUGGACCAUCUACAGAAAAUGGGUAUAAUUUUAUCUUAUCUAAUCCCUAGAUUUUACUAUCAAUGCAAAUUGGAUAAGGAAAUCGAAUUAGAUUAGCUAAAUUCAGAAAUUGAAUCUUAUCUAAAAUAGAAAAAACAUCAAUUUGAAAUUUAGAACAUAUCAUAUGAUGAAGCUUUGCAAUUAUUUAGCAAAAAUUCCUAUAAAUUGAGUAAAAUUAAAUAGACUGCAUUACCAAAUUAUUAGAUUUAUAAAUUAGAUGAUUUUGUAGAUCUAUGUAAAGGACCGCAUAUUGAUCAUACGAAUCGAAUACAUAAAUUGAUAAUUAAUCAUUCUUAACCUUAUUAAAAUAGUUAUAGAUAUUAGGGAAUAGCAUUUCCGAAUUCAAAAUCUUUUCAAGAAUAUCAGAAAUAAUAUGAGUGUGAUCAUAGACAUAUAGGAAAGGAUUAGCAUUUAUUUGUAUUUAAUAAAUUGGCUCCAGGAAGUGCAUUUUUUUUACCUCAUGGAACAAAGAUUUAUAAUAAAUUAAUAGAAAUGAUUCGUAAAGAGUAUAGAGAGAGAGGAUAUUAAGAAGUGAUAACACCAUAAUUAUUUCAUAAAGAUUUAUGGAAAUAAUCUGGUCAUUUAGAUAAAUAUGCUGAAAAUAUAUAUAUGACUCAUGACAAUUAGAUGGGAUUGAAACCAAUGAAUUGUCCUGGUCAUUGUUUACUAUACAAAACAUUAUAACAUAGUUAUAAAGAAUUGCCAAUAAGAUUUGCUGAUUUUGGUGUAUUACAUAGAAAUGAGGUACAUGGUACAUUAACAGGAUUAACAAGAGUUCGAAAAUUUACAUAGGAUGAUGCUCAUAUAUUUUGUACUGUAGAAUAAAUUUAAUAAGAAAUAAAGAAUUGUUUAGAUUUUUUAAGUAAAGUAUAUGGUCGUUUUGGGUUUACUUGGGAAUUGACUUUAUCAACAAGACCAGAUAAAUAUAUAGGUGAUUUGGGAAUAUGGGAUGAAGCAGAGAGAUAAUUGAGAAUAGCAUUAUCAGAUACAGCAUAUACAGAGAAUCCAGGAGAUGGAGCAUUUUAUGGUCCAAAGAUAGAUGUGUUAAUAAGAGAUCAUAAUUAAAAAUAACAUUAAUGUGGAACAAUUUAAUUAGAUUUUAAUUUACCAGAAAGAUUUGAUUUAAAUUAUCAUCAUGAAAAUGAUAAAUUCUCUAGACCUGUAAUGAUUCAUAGAGCUAUUUUGGGUUCAAUAGAAAGAAUGAUGGCUAUUCUUACUGAAUAAUAUAAUGGAAGAUGGCCAUUUUGGUUAUCACCUAGAUAAAUUAUGAUUAUUCCUGUGAGUGAAAUUUCAAAGUAAUAUGCAAAAGACAUAUAUGAUUAAUUGUAUAAAUUAGGAUUUGAAGUAGAAUUAGAAGAUACUGAUCAGACAUUAAGUAAGAGAAUAAGAAAAGGAGAUGCAUUGCAUUUUAAUUAUAUUUUAACAGUUGGUACAAAGGAAUUAGAAUCAAAAACUGUUGAUAUUAGAGAAAGAGGAGAUAAUCAUAAACAUUAAUCAAUGAAAUUAGAUGAGUUUAUAACCAAAAUUAUUUAAUUAUGAU